AGCCUCAGCGUUGAAAGUCUUCAGAGAAGAAAACCAUUGCGAACAUUCCAAAUCAGCGAGAAUCUUCACCAAAGCAGAAAACACGAUUAUUAGGGUUUCUUGUUAGAGUUGGAAAGUUACGUUCUUCUGAACGCAGCCCUGGUGUUAGAUUUACGGUUCCCAUCGCAACUUAAUGUAUUGACUUGCACUUACCCAAAUUAUUGCGUGAAUUGUCGACAAAAUGACUGAAGUGGAUUGUAACUGUCAACUGGGCAACGGCAUUGAGCAAAACGAGCUCGAUAUUUCCCAUUACUGUUUGGAAACCGCCGAAAAAUCGUUUGCGGAAAUCAUCGGAUGCAUUGAAAGCAUCAUCAUCAGCGAAACGUUUGCUCAGCUACAGAGCGGCUUCUUGGAGCAGCAUUAUAGAGAAUUUAGCGAAGUUGAAGAAAACCGGCUGGUCUACACAGAAAUCUUCAACAGCUACCAGGCCACGGUCGAAAAAUACAUUGAAGAACAGCUCACAUGCAGUAUACCGGGGUUUGAUAUUCGGGGCUUUGAAAUGGAGCUGGAAAAACACCCCGAGGUGCUGGAUGGGGAAAUUUACGAGAUGUUGUCCACGUUUUGGGACUUUGCCAAUUUCAAGCGCAUGUUUUUGGACUACAAAAUUGUAAAAGAAGGAAAAGGAGUGGAUUUUUCCAAAGACAUUCUGGUAACAAAAUACAGCCUGAAUCAAGAAACGGCGUUUAUUCAGUAAUAAAAAACAUCUAAUUAAUGCAUCAGAAUUUCCAUCUGCACCAGUCUGCUGUUUGUGUCGCCUGGCAUUCUAUAUGGAAGCAUCCCAGCGAAAUUCGUGAUAGUCUUGGCCUGUUGCCUCAAAUAAGACAUUUGCUGGGAGAAUAAACGAGUUUUAAGGGA